GUCUCAUUGAAUGCGCAGGUCAGCGCAGGUGCCGUUAUCAACUUGUCUUGAAUAUUAGUGGUUGAAGUCAGCUGACAGAAGCAGUCAAGAAGCACAGUAGAAUAUUUCCCUAUGCCGCGGAAAAGGAUUUAUAAUUGAAUAUAUCAGAUAUUUUUCUUUAUAAUAUCAUAUACAGUGUCAAUUUCUUAAAUUAUUUGCGAAAUUGACUUCGCACCAGCACAAUCAGGAUAAGUUGUAUGUUUUAUUCAAGUAGCACUCGCUGAAGGACGGUGUAAGAAACAAUAUACAGGAUGAAAAUCUGUGGCCCUAAAUAUGCCCUCUGCGGAUUGGUACUCUCCGUUUGGGGAAUCAUCCAACUUCUCUUUAUGGGAGUGUUCUUUUAUGUAAGAAGCGUUGCUCUGGUAGAGGAUCUACCGUUAGAAGGCAAAGUCUUCGAAACCAAAGACGAGUUUUACACGGAAGCUGACAGAGGGUACACACAAAAUGCUUACAACUGUUGGAUUGCUGCGUGCAUAUACGUUUUAACAUUCCUGUUCUCUGGACACCAGUUUUACGUAAAUUCUCGAUCUUCGCUUAGUGUUUAAUAGUAUUAUUUGUAGCAAUGAUAAGUUGGUGUUUACCUUCAAUGAUGUACAGUUAACAUUCGAAGGUUCUAACAAGUUUCAUAAUUUCUUUUUACAUUUCAUUUUGUUGAGUAUUUAAAAAUUGUAUACAACAGAUCUUGUAACGGUACUCAAUAAAAUAUUAAUUGGUUUACUUCGGUUCAAAUAGUGAUGAAAUAGUGGUAACGGGAAAUGUUGAAUUCACUUCAGAAAUCAUUGCUUAAAAUAGUUUUGAGGAAAUCUAUCUUUUUUGGUUGUAUGAAAUAAAUUUUGAAGUUAAUACAAAACUGAUCUGGCAUUACUCGCGACCAUAACGUUAAUGGAGUUAAGAAUAAUAUAAACACAUUUUGUUGUGAAAUAAAUUGUUUGAAUCAUA